AUGUCACUGACAUUCCAGCAGAUAAUUCUUGAUGCGAAAAAGCUGGUAGGUCGAAUAUCGGACCAAGAAAGCACUGCAGAUAAUUUAAUCACGGAGAUACAGUCAGUGUACAGUAAGAUCGAGAAUAUGAGACAAUAUCAAGACCAAAUAGAAAUAUUGAAUACCGAGGCUAAGCAAAGACCGCACUCGCAUUUAAUUGCUGAAAUACAGCAGGAAAAUCGACACCUGCGGGAAAUACAGCUCGAAAAUAAGAUGUUAAAGAAUGUAUUGACGGACCAUCAGAACGUUUUACAGUUGGUCAUGACGAAAUAUAGACAACAGGCUUCUUUCUCCAUUCGAAAUUGUAAAACAGACUUUGCGGCGUUACAAGCCUCUAAAUAUACAGACAUUAUCGCUAGACAAGCUGAAAAAAUCGACGAAAUGGCAGCGGUAAUGAAAGCUGCCGCAGCGAUGGACGAGGAGUCCGAGUUAAAAGAGAAGGAAGAAUUGUCCCGUUUAAGGGAAGAGAACAACGUUUUGAGAGAAAUCAUUAACGUCGCUAAUAAGUAUGGCUCUCUGAAUAUGGACCCACCCAGGGAAAGUAAAACGGUCCAGACUGAUUUGGAAUAA